CCUGCACCAUGGAAGAGGAGAGAGAAAAUAACUCAAACUUUACUCAUUCAUGUGUAAAUGGAAUCAUCAAAAAGAAUGAAGGGUGAGAGGGAUUCUAGAAAAAAAAAACUCUCUUCCUACAGUUCUUCAACAACAGGAAGUCCUCUUUUCCUCUCACUGACAAGGCAUCCGCUCUCUCUCUCCCACUCACUCUCUCUUACUCUGCUGUCAUCAUCCCCGUGAGCCAUGUCCUUGGAAGAGGUGAUACGCCACCUAGUGGAGAUUUCCAGCAAGCAACAGGCUCUCACUGAGCAGCUCACAGCCCGGCAAGAUCGGCUGGAACAACAGCUCCACCAGGUGGCCGGACGCAUACCGCUCCCUGAAGUGAGUGCGCAUCACCAUAUCACAAAACUCAGCGACCUGGAUGAUAUUGACGCAUACUUACAUACGUUUGAAGUGAUUGCCGAGAGAGAAUGCUGGCCGAAGGAAAACUGGGCGAGAAUGUUGGCUCCUUUUCUCACAGGAGAAGCACAAAGGGCAUAUUUCGCACUUGAGACACCCCAAAAUGAAGAUUACAAAGCGUUAAAAAAGGAGAUAUUAGCCAGAAUGGGGCUUUCCACAAUCAGCGCAGCACAACAGUUUUCCCAGUGGUCUUAUGACGAGAAACAGCCAGUGCGGACUCAAGCAGCUCAACUUUCUCGUCUGGGAAGACUAUGGUUAUUGGGAGGAGAUCCUUCGGCGGUCCAGGUCGCUGAGAAAGUGAUGGUGGAGAAGAUGAUGCGAGCGUUACCCCGACAUUUGCGCACGCUCACCAGCAUGAGAAAUCCUGGAUCAUUGGCCACCCUGGUGGAAGCGGUGGAGCUGGCUGAAGCUCACGUAGCCAGGGAUAUGGGGGAGAGAGCGGCUCUGCCAACCCGGAGGGUGAAUACACCUUGGCGACCGGUGGAGGGCACAUCGCGGCCAGACAGCAGACCAGCGGUCCCCAGCCCGAUGGACGAGCCGAUGCCCACAGAGCCGACGAUGUACUCGACCCCGGCCUUGACAGCAGGUUGCGUGGUUCACCGCAACAUCCCACCCGAAGCUCCCACCCGUAAAGUACGUAUCGGGGGAAAAACACAAACGGCCACGUUAGACACAGGAAGCGCCAUCACUCUGGUUCACCCAAAGACCUUAAAAUAUCAGCAUGAAGGUAAAGGUCGAAUUCCAAUCACAUGUGUGCACGGUGAUACCCGCCACGUAACCGCUCAAAGAGUAACCAUCGCGGCAAAACCAGGCAGCUGGCGCAUCGAAGUCGGUGUGGUACCAGAUCUUCCUGUGCCCCUCCUCCUCGGCAGGGACUGGCCGGGGUUCGAUGAACUCCUCACUCACCAUCAUGCUCUAUCGGCUCGUCCUAAAAAGAAGAGCAAGACACGGGCUCAUCGGGACCGCAAACCAGUAUUGAUGACCACCGAGAGCGACAGAGGGGGUGAGUCAUCAACAUCAUCCAAGUUAUAUUUUGAUCUGUUUCAACAGAUAACUGCAGGAGGUGAUUUCGGGAGAGCGCAACGAGAAGAUAAGACGCUCAAACACUGCUGGUCACAAGUGAGAAGAAUAGAUGGGAAAAAACGGCUUCCCAGCCCUCACCCCCUCCCACAUUUUGUCGAAAAAAAUGGUCUGCUAUACUGUGUCGCAGAGAGGCGGGGGAAAAAGAAGGCAUUACUGGUCAUUCCGAGGACCAAGAGGGAGACUGUUCUGGAUUGGGCACAUACUCACCCGAGGAUAGGACAUUUAGGAGCUGGAAAUACGAUGAAAAGGGUCCGUGAUCGAUUCCACUGGCCCGAUCUGGACGGAGAGGUGAAAAGAUAUUGUCAGGCAUGCAACACAUGCCAAAGAACGUCUCCCCAACGAUCAACCCCCAGCCCUCUAAUACCAUCACCCAUCAUGAAUGUGCCCUUCACCCACACCGGUAUGUACGUGAUAACCCCCCCUCUCAAUACCCUUACUCUUUUCUGCAGAAAUCCCAGGACCAGGACGACGCUAAGGGGGGGGGGAUGUAGCGAAUAUACCGGUACCACGUCGCCCUGGUCAAGGAUUCACCCCAGCUGGCACCUAAUCCACACUGGAUCGAUCUCAGCUGGAGCUAAUCAAGAGGAGACCCAUAUAAGCCAGCCCCACACAAGAGGAGGACGAGCUUCAUUCUUUCAUGACUCCCUGCGCUAACGCUUGUGUCUCUCUGUCUCUUACCCACAGCGACCUCCAGCUAGUGAUCGAUCCAGCACCCAAACUCUCCUUUUACCACACCACUUCCCCGGAGCACCUGAGCACCUAUCCCAAGAAGAGCACCGUAUUUACACUGUUCACCCUUAUUCACCGUGUAAAUAAAGCACCCUCCGGGGGAUUGUUUGUAACACCA